UGCAGCAUGUUGCGCUUGAAUGGAUUAAAUCAGUUGUUUAAACUGACAAGAAAAACACGUGUAAAUUUCAAACUUUCUUGAGAAAGCACCACUGGCCCGAUCGUUCAUAUAGGCGAAUACAGUUUUAGGGGGGCUGAGACGACAGAUAGGGGGCUUUAAGCCCCCUGAAAAUGGCCUAGAACCACCCCUGUCUUGAAGAUCUCCGGAACACAGAAGGGAAAUAAUCCACUUUGAAUGCAGAUUUAAGUAGACAGGUGUCAUGAAGGAGAAAGAUUUGAAUGCAGUGACGUUAGCUGCAGCUUAUAUAGCUGGAGCGCUCACCCUUUUUUCACACACUUGAACGUCAUUGGUCGGCGUGACGCGCACAGAGCCAUUCGGUAGGGCUUCAGACUAGGAGAAUCAAUGACGCAAUUUCGAGAGAACCAGCCUCAAAAGGGAACUAUUGCAUUUUCACAUAUUUGGGCCUGUCUGAUCUUGCUUCUCUGAUGUUGAUCCCAGCUUCCAGUCAAUGGCUACCAUCAAACUGUCUGGUUACCAACAUUCUUCAAAAUACCUUGUGUUCAACAGAAGAAAGAAACUCAAGGUUUGGAACAACUUGAGGGCACCACUGCAUGUGAACAUCAAUUGCAAAGUCUGAAGAAAUUUCACAUGCUCAAAGUAGUGUGACCACGGCUGUGACAACAUGUGACACAUAUGUGUCAUACUGUAUAUAGGCUAUAAAAAUUUGGUUACUACAACAGGAACCGAACAAAAUCUUCAGGAUGGCAAGCACCCAGCAAUCUGCACAGGAAUUCCUCGGAAAUGGCCGAACUCUGCUAACUGAAGGACGUUUAAACUGUGAUCCUUUAAUUGAAGCCUUAAACCAGUGCAAAUUCUUCAUAAAUCAUGAGCUAAGUUCAAUUGAGUCUGCAGAAAAUAGUCAGGAUAGGAUAAGGAUUUUGCUCGACAUAGUUUUUUCUAAAGGAGAAGAAGCCUGCUCUAAGUUUUUAAAAAUUCUUGACAAAAAAAGAUUUGAAGUAUUUCCAAGACCUGUUUUGGGUGAUCGGGAUUUACAUCACUGGAUUAGCUGCUUCUCCUUCCAGGAUGAACCACAAUCUCAGACUGCAAACCUAGCAGACCCAGAUCCUUGUGUCGCAUACCAAGGCCUUUUGAGAUGGAAAGCAAGACAAAUACUGGAAAAUAAAUGGAACCAAAGCAUGACUUUUUUAAAAAACGAGCAUAAAAGCAAACCCUUCACAUACAUACCCCUUGUUAUGGACACAGAUUCUAGUACAGUUUCAAAACUUAAGAAGAACAAGGGAUUCAAGAAAUCUCGCUCAAAAAAACUUACGACUUCCAUUCCGACAAACAAGAAAAUGUUGUCUCCCAAAGACUUACUAAUGAAUGAUGAGAAAAGCAUCCUACUUGUGGGGAAACCUGGAGUGGGCAAGACAACAGUUGCACUAGAGAUUCUUAGACUCUGGACCGAAGAGAAAAGCAUUCCAGUGAGUUACAUGUUUUAUUUUGAUGAGCCACUGAUGAGAGUUUUCUCCCAGUAUCCAAAUCCUCAUAUGUUGAAGGAUCUUAUUUUUCACCAUUACAUAUGCCCAGAAGAAGCAUCAGAUCAAGUUCUAGAAAAUAUUGAGAGCAAUUCAGAGAAUGUUGUACUCAUUUUUGAUGGUAUCAUGGAUGUGACUGGAAACAACGUGAUUAAGCAGCUCAUGGGGAAAGAAUUUUUGAAAGAUGCAAAGGUCUUGACCACUUGCAGACCAGAAGCUGAGGAUACAGGUUACCUGUCAGACUGGCCAUCUUAUCGAGUAGAGGUUCAGGGUUUUAGUCAUAGGUCCAUCUAUGAAUACUUCAAAUGGAUGCUGGGAACAACGGAUGACAUUGGUCCUUUGAAAAACCCAGAGUUGUUCAGUUUGUGCUCUGUACCAUUGUAUGCCUUCAUAGUAACUGCCUGCAUUUCAGUAAGUCCUGUUGAAGCCAGGAAUAAGCCUUUUACAAUUACGGAGAUGUAUGUCCAAAUUUUUCGCUUUUGCAUGAAACAACAUGGGCACCAAAAUGUGGAGCACUUAGAUAAAUACAUUACGGACAACAAAAGGGACAUCGUUAAAAUAGCUCUAGCCUCCUAUCAAGCAAUGCUAGCAAAGACAGUGAGCCUGACAGAUUUGGAUCUUGAAGACAACCCUGUGCAAAAUGCUUUCUUGACAAAGCAAUUCUGGAACCCAUCCACAACCUCUUGCAAAGUCUAUGCAUUCCUGCAUAACACAAUGCAAGAGUUUUGGGCAGCCCUCUUUCUCAUUUUAAAUCCUGACAAGAUCACUAAUGUGCUUGAUCAAUGUCACAGCGAUGAAGAUGGAAAAUACCUUAAAUAUAUCAUGCCCUUUUUGUCUGGACUUCUCUCUGAUAAUCUGGUUGAUCUUAUAAAGUGUUUGGUGCCAGUGGAACAGAUAGAAGCCACACGUGCCAAGUACUUUCAACAGAUUAUUGACACUUUCCUUUACACUAAAGAACAGAAUCAAGAAGGUGAUUUCGAGCAGUUUGUGGAAGUUGACAACAUCCUGUUUGUGUGUCGAUGUCUUUAUGAGUAUCAGUCUCCUGAGGCAUGCCUGCUCUUCCUGGCAAAGGUUCAGUAUGAGCUUGAUUUAGAGGACCAAACCCUUGAUCCCCACCACUGCUGUGUACUAUCCUAUGUGGUCAGUCAAACUACGCAUCGGAAUAUUGAUCUGAGCCUCACGGAUUGCAACAUUUCUGACCCUGGGGUGAAAUUACUUCUUGGCUCGUUGAAAAAUCUUAAAUUUCUCAGGUCAACAAGCAGGUUGCAGUCUCAAAUGUGGAGAGUGGCUUUUGAAGCAGAACAGUUUUCAGAUUUUGAUAGCCUGCUUAGCUUAUUCAGCUUUGAAAUGCACCUCUAUGCACAUGAAACACAAGACCAGAAAGUGUUUCAAAGGAUAGGAGAAGUCCUUAAAAAGAAGAGAUCAGAGAGUGUUCAUCUUUUUCUUCAUGUAAAUGAAAAACUCCUAACCAGAUCUUUGCAGAAGGCCAUUUUUGAGAGCUUAUCCAAUAUUGCAACCAUUAGGAUUUCCCCCCAUCAGUUCAAAGUAGCAAUAGAAACAGACCUCUAUGUUCAAGGAGCUAAUUAUGAGAUGAAGACUAGUCAACGAUGUGUAAGGAAUCUGCUGUCUGUUUUCAGCAACAAUCAAAGAGAAAACUUUGAGGAGCAGUGUAAAUUUUUGCUAAAUCUGCAAGAACAGGGUAAGAACAUGGAUGUUCUUCCAGUUUUGCAACCUGUUUUUUAUGCAUUGCCAACCACAUGGGUUGUACAGCCUUCAAACCCAUCAAUGUCACUGCUCUUGCAAACCAUGGAAGCUCUAAAUUUAAAGAAGCCCGCUGAACUAGAUAACGUCACUUACACGCUGAGUGAACUUAAACUUUUUCUUCAGUGUAUGCCCUAUGUUACAGAAAUGAGGUUCAGUGCUGCUCUCAGACAGCCAAAAGAAAUCCACAAAAUUGUGAAGAUUUUUACUGAUCUUUUCCUUCUUGCAUCUGAAUGUGGAGAGGAGAAACUAAAGAGCCUUUCUACAAUAUGCAGUUACUCAACCUUUCCCUUUGCUGAAGACAGCAAAGACAUGCAGAGCUUUUUCCUUUUGGAUCUCUUCACCCAGCUGAAAGAAAGUUCAUCAUGGAAGACAGCACUACCAGCAUUAAAGCCCAUUCUUAUGGUUGCCCCUGCUGUAUGGACAGUGGACCUACUAAAACUAGAGAAGACAUUUGUUCUAAUAGAACUCCUAAAGCUUCAGGCCGUCACAAAACCAAUGGAGCUCAGGAGCUGGUCAUGCGAACGAGAAAAACUUAAGAUUUUCCUAAAUUGUUUACCCUAUAUUUCAAAACUUUGCUGUGAUGAGCAGUUUUUCCAGACCGUGUGUGAGGUCCUCUCAGCAGACAAUGAAUGGAAUCCAAAACAGAUCGCUGAGCUUUUGAGAUCUCUUGGUUUUAGCAUUUCAUUGAUGGACAUGCUGCCAAGUCGUCUCUGCAAAGCUGUUGGCAACAUUUUCGAACUGCUGGACAAAGAGGACAUCUCCCUCAGUCUUCUCCCUCAGAAGAUCUCUUGUCAAGGUUGUGCCUACCUCUUUUCAAAUAUGAAAAAGCUUCAAACCUUGAGAGUAAAUGAAAUUGCAACUUCAAAGCUGGCAAGACUGGUUAGGUCACAUAAAGAAAUAAACUCUGUAACGGUGGAAGAGCUGUCUUUGGUUUUGUCAAACUCUCAUCUGCCAGAGAGAGAACUUUGCCAGCUAUUGAGCAGCCUGACUUCUCUUCUGAGAGUCUGGACAGUCCACAACUUGAACCUUUCCGAGUUUAAAAUUGAGCCUCACUUGCUCUGUGUGCUGUGUCAUCAGGGUGCCUUGUCCAUUAAAUUUAAUAAAGACACUCUGGAACAGCUAGCAGAAGUUGUGUAUGAUGCUCAAGAUGAAAAUCUGACACAGUUGUUCCUGGAGAAAAUUGAUGGUGAUUUGUCCCCUUGUGGUUUGUCCUGGGAUGUUUUAUCUUAUCUAGCUCAGGUCACCAAAAAGCAAGUGACACUAGACCUUCCAGAAGGCAGAUUUAAUGUUCUCAAAGUUCCAAGCCUUCUUGCUGUACUGGACACAGUCUGCUUUAAAAGGAUAAGCCCACGAUUUGUCAGGGCUGCACUGAAAGAGAUAUAUCAAAAACGUGCAGGUCAUCUAAUUGUGAAAUUAGUAAAAUCUUCAGCUAACCUGAUUAACCUUUGCAUGAGAGAGUUGGAUUCAACUGAUUGCAAAGCCCUCUGCUUUGCCCUGCACUAUAGUGAUGGUGUUAAGCUCAACCUGUUAAACUCUGUCAUUCCAAGUAAUGAGACGGACAGCAUUGUAAAACUUAUGCACAGAGUUUCUGAUCUGAGGGUUGAUAGAAAGCUGCUGUUGAGUUUUCUUCAUGCUUCCAAGGACAUGGAAAAACAAGGAUAUUCAAUGUCUGCCCUCUUGAGUGCCCUGAACCACAAACUGGACUUCUCCUGCAGUUCUUCCCUCAGUAGUGGCCGUUUCGGUCAAGAAAAUGGGGAUGUUCUAACUCUGAGUCUUACGGAUUUUACAGCCAUUUCUUCUGCCAUUAAUACAUCAACAUGUGAGACAGAAUUCAUUUUAUAUGACUGCCAAGCAGAUGAUUCUGCACUUGAGGUUCUCUUCCCUAUUUUGCACAAAGUGCAUCUUCACUUGGGCAAAAGCCUCCUUUGUCAGUUUCUGACAUUGAUUUUCAAUGUCCCCAUGGCUAUGUCUUUGAAAUGGGCAUCAUCACUUUCCAAAGCACUUGGAAAAGAGCUGGACCUCAGUGACACUCCUCUUAACUACCGUACAUGUGAGUCUCUGCAGUUAGUCUUGGAUUAUGCAGAGGACCUUACACAUCUUAAUCUCAGUCAUUGCCAGAUCACAGAUGCAUGCUUGGAUCUCUUCCUUCCUUACCUUCACAAAAUUAUGAUUUUAGAUCUUACUGGAAAUGACAUAACUGACAAAGGAGUACAGAGACUGUGCAUAGCCUUAGAUGGAAACAGUUUCACAAAGACCAUAUGCCUUUGUGACAACCAAAUAACAGAGAUUGGCCUCCUGGUGGAAGAAGAACGCUUUGAAACCCAACAGGCUGGUAAAAGAAGAUGCACCCAACCACAGCAUUACAGCACAAAAGAUUCAGGAUCAAAAAGCAAAAUGGAAAAGAAGAAGGAAGAUCCUAUAAAGGAGUUUGAGCCUGAACUAGAAGUAAAUAAUGGCAGGAUUUCCUACAGGUUUCAGUACACAUCAGAAGGCCUUUUUAUGUGCAGAACAACUGGGCUGUUGUUUGGAUUGAAAGGAAGUGGAUGUGUAGAGUACAGUGUGGUUCACUGGGAUAUGCGUCUCCUUAUCAACACUCGCUAUGAGCCUGCUGGACCUCUGUUUGAUAUAAAAACCACUACGGGAGAAAUAUAUGAACUUCAUCUUCCACACUGUGAGACACAUGUUGAUGCAAUUGGAAAUCUUUCUGUUGUCCAUAUGCACAAUGAGGACACCCGGGAAUUCCUCUCUCCAGUUAAAAUUUCGAAAACGCAUAUAGCUGUAAAUGUCUGUCGGUUAUCUCACUAUGGCGUUGUGCAUGAGAAUGAUCAGAAUAACAGGAUGAUCAAAGGGCAGGUGCUGCUGUUCCAGGAACCUGAUGCGUCACCAACCCUGCAAAGACUAUGGGUUUUCCUAUUGCCGAGCAAUGUCCCACUCUCAGAGAUAAAAAAUCAGCAACAAGAGUAUGUGUUCAUCCAAACCAGCUCUGAAUGCAAACUAAUGACAAGUGCAAAGUAUACUCUGAUCUCAAAAGAAGCCAAAAAAAUCCAACCAAAGAAAAAAUUGUUUGAACUCUUGCAUGAUGGUAAUCACCAUCCUACAUUUGAGGUCUUCUUAGAUAAAGAUGUGACUGAACUACAAAUUAAAGUUCAGCGUAAAAUAAAGGAAAGUGGUAAUAUCACUUUCAAAAAUAUAUGGAGACGUUUGAUAAUCCUCAAGAAAGACAGAGAUAAUCACACCCAAAUGAGAUCUGAAGAACAUUCGAACAAUCAAGAAAAAAAAUGGAUAUCUGAUCUUGAUGAAAUAAUGGAGGAUCUUAAAUGUGAUGAGCUCAAGAAGUUAAAGAAUUUAAUGAAUCACGCUGAGAAAAGAGCUUCGAUUCGUUGGAAGAAGCUUAAUGAAGCAAGCGACAGGUGUGAGUUGGCGAGUUUGGUUGUUGAGACGUGGGGAUUCGAAGACUCAGUGAAAGCUAUUCACGAGUUCAUGAAGAAGCUGCCUCGCAAUGAUGAAUUUGUGACAAACCGACUGAAGCCAUAUGUGACACAGUUUGGCCUCGAGGGUUAGAGGCCUUUUACAGACCUUUCAAUCAUAUUGUGAAUAGACAUCAGUAUAGAAGCACUUUACGUGAACAGAUUAUCACAGAUUGGUAUUAUAUCUGACUCUUGUUUCAUUGUACUUCAAUUGUAAAUUCUAAGUAUAACUGUGUAUGUGAUUUUGUAAAUUGUAGAUUGUAUAAAUGUUCAGGUUGCUUAAAUGUACAUAUAUUUAUUUAGCAGAUGCUUCAAUCCAGAGUGAUUUACAAAUGAGGAAUACAACAUUGGCAGUAACAUGAGAAGUGCUGCAAUAUGAAUAUAUACUGUAAUUAUGACAAUGAAUUGUUUCUCUCUGUUAAUCUAUUUAUAUGAGAAUUAUGUGCAAAGAUUUCACAAAUGAAGUUUAGAAAUGUACAGCCUAUUUCUUGAUGAAAGUGGAAUCAACAGACAAUAAGUAAACAAUAAAAGUUUGAUAAAAGGAA